CGUCUUGUCGUGACAGCGGUGAACAUUCCCAGAGGAUUCACAGAAGCGGGAAGUGAAGAUGGCAGCCGUCACUUUGGUGUGUGCCUGCUUACUGCUCACCUUGAAGGCGGUCUCCUCCGACGUCUCCCCGCAGACGCACCAGGAAGAGCUGAAUGAGACGGUGAUGUGCACCAACGCUCACAUGGAAGUGGUCAUACCCGCCUCCUUCUUCCUGCACAAAGUCCCCCCCGUCUAUGUCUGGGAUUUGCAUCUAAACGACCCAGAAUGCCGAGGGGCGGAGGUGGGAGACGACUACGUCUUCAGCAUAAAGAACAAUCUGUCUGACUGCGGCUCCGUCAUGAGCUCAGACGACACACACAUCAUGUUCAUCAACACAAUCCACAACAACCACACGGAGGUGAUCACCAGGAACUACAUCAACAUCACCUUUGUGUGCCGCUACCCCGUCAACUACAUGGUGCAGCAGCCCAGCGGGGGCAACAUGAUCCAGGUGGACGUGCGGACCAUCACUCUGAACACGGAGGACGGCAACUUCUCGGUGUCCAUGCUGCUGUUCAAAGACCAGAACUUCCAGGACCAGUGGAGCACGGUGCCCUGGCUUACCCUCCACGACGACAUCUUUGUCAAAGUGUUCAUGAUUCCAGCUCACCUGACGCUGCGCAUGGAUCGAUGCUGGGCCACGCCCACCAGCGACCCCUACAGCAACAUUCAGUACACCUUCAUCAGAGACAGCUGCCCGCUGCUCACGGACCAGCACACCCUGAGUGUGCUGAACAACGGCCAGGGUCCAGAGGCCACCUUCAGGAUCCAAAUGUUCAAGUUUGUGGGCACCUCCUACACUGACGUCUUUCUGCACUGCAACGUCCAGAUCUGCCACAACGGCGCCAGCCCGUGCCAACCUAACUGCACAGCUGAAGAUGUCUUCAUGAGGACCAGGCGGGACAUCCCCCUCUCCCACACCGUCUCUUACGGGCCCAUAAGGCGGCGGACUGACCACAGGGACACACCCCAUUCAAGCCCAGUCCCUCCGGUGGAGACUUUAGUCCUGGGGGGUCUGCUGGUGGUCCUGCUGGUGGUCACGGGGGUGUUUGGGAGGCUGUGGGUCCGCUCCAGAAGGUUCUACCCGGCCAGGGAGGCCCAGCUCACCUUGUCCAACAUCCAGCACAUCUCAGAGGUGGCCUCGUGAGACUCAACCAUGAAAUAAAGACUUUCCCUUCAACAACUUUCUAGAGAAUACUAGAGAAGAGCCCAAUGAGAUAUUGCAAGGGGAAAAGAGCGAUAUAAAAGUUGUCUUUCUUUCUAUAUUAAAAACUAUUUAAGUCUGUUUCCGCCACAAAAAGAAAAAAGUCACAAUUAUUAAAUAUAAAGUCGAAUUUAUGAAAUAAGAAAAGUU